UUUAAUCUUCGCAACUAUAAAUCAAUAUGAGGGCACCUCUUCUUUUUCUAGUUCUUUUUGGAGUUGUACUCCUUUCCACCCCUUCCAUCUUGGCAGCCGUGACAACCAAGGAUGGAAACAAACAAAAGGAAACGAAGAAAGUAGAUGAUUCCAAGUACCACUGCGGAAAAUAUGGCUGUUGCGGUUGGUACGGCCAUCAAUGCGGAAGGUGUUGUUCAUCACCUGAGGAGGCUAAACUCAUGAACUCUGAUGCCAUGCCUCAAAAUUCAGCAGAUCAGGUAAAUGAUAUGAAGAAUCCUGAUGGCGGAAACGGAGGAUGGUAUGGUAGUGGCGGACAUGGAGGAGGACAUGGCGGUGGCGGUGGAGGUGGAGGUGGCGGACAUGGAGGAGGGCAUGGCGGUGGUGGACAUGGAGGAGGGCAUGGCGGUGGCGGCCAUGGAGGAGGGCAUGGUGGUGGCUGGUCUGGAGGCAGUGGAGGUGGCGGCAACUGA